AUGUAUUUUGUUGUGAGUUAAGCUAUUAAAAGAUCCAAAGAACUUUAAGUCUAAGUUUAUAUUUCUAUUUGCACAGCAAUUCUAACUGCUAUGUUAUCAUUUUAUAAGUAAAUUAUAUUAGUUAUCUCUUAGAUUUUUGUCGAUUAGGCCUACAAAUUUUUUAUAAGAAAAUUUUGAUGAUUUGUCAUAAAAGCAAUCGAAUUUAUACAAUUAAUAAAUAUAAUAUUGCUUAUAACAAGAGAAUGAUUAAAUUAAAACCUUUAUUGAUUUAUAUAACACUCCUGAUUAAGAAGUUGUAAAUGUAGAAUAAUCAUAAGAAGAAAGGCAAUCAUUGUUAAAUUGA